CAAAAACGUCAAACAUCAAACUGUAUCUUUGUGAAAAAUUCGAAUUUUCUUUUUCAUUUUCUUUUUGGACGAAAAAAUAAUUAUUUUUAAAAUGUUUAUGGAGAUAAUCGAUUGGGAGAAUCCUCGUUUUUCCCAAUGGCAUCUCGAAAAUCUUGGUAAAUUAAAUCAAGCUCAAUCCGAUGCCUUUUUGGACGACGAUGAAGCUCAAGAUUUGAAAAUUACCGAAACCGAGCAAAUGGAGCUUUGUGAGAAGGUUCCGUGUCGAGUUGAAUUAUUUCAUUCGAAUGUCUGUUAUGGCGUUGAGAAAAGUUGGCCCAAGUUCCUAUUCAAAAAAGAUAAAUUAGAUGAUUUAUCCGAUGAACAAAGACGAAUUAUGUAUUGUAAAAUGGUUAAAUAUGGUGUCAAAUUAUAUAAAAAGUACGUCGACAAGGAUCGAUUGGAAACAAGACGGAAAAUACGAACAAAUUUUGCAUUAGCCCCGUACUUAGAAGAAUAUAGACUUAAAAAAUGCUUCAAUCGCAUUAAGGCGCUGGGAGAAUUGGAGCAGCCCGAACAACAAAUGUCAAGCGAUUCGGAGAGCUCACUAUUAACGGUGAUUGAAACACAAAAAAAUAACAAUAAUUCAGUUCACAGUGAGCAUAGCGAAUCGAAUGGUGUGGAAAUCGAACAUGAUAGUCGCAUUAUUUAUGAACACUCGUCUGAAGAUGACGAAGAUAAGGAUGAUGAUGAAUUUCUAUCGGCUAAUGAAGGAGACUUUGAAACAGAUGCAUCUGAAGUCGCAGUAAUGGCAACGCCAAUCAUUCAACAAUUGCGUCAAAAUCGAAAUAUUCAAUCAAGUCCAAUUGACUUAGAUGUUUCAAAUGCAAUUGAGACUGAUGAAAGUAUUGCCAUGGUCGUCGAAGUUGAAACUGAAUCGAACCAUCAAUCUGAAACAAAAUCGGAACCUUCAUCGGGUGAUAGGAAUAUAACAAAUAUUGAUGAGAGAUAUAACUAUCUAUUUUCCGAAGGUUCAGUAUCUUCAUCGAGAAAAAAUGGUGACGAUGAUGAAACCGUACAUUUGCCUUUGGCUACACCGGACUUUAACUCUAGUCAAUUUGUUGUAAUCAAUUCCAAUCGAUUGAACCAGCGUUUUGAAGGCAGCGAAAAUAGUUCAGACCUCUCACCGAAUCGAUACCAACUGCGAACCAGAAUUCAAUCCCCAACUGAAACGAAAGCAAACAUUUCACACAAUAAAAAGCGAUUAAGUCAAAGUUUUAACGAGAGACUGAAUAACCGCUCAACUAUGUCACCAAAUCGAUACCAACUACGUAAGCGAAAGAAAACUGAUUAAAAAUAAACAAAAUUCAUAGCAUGAAUUGUGAUUAUAUUUAUAAGUUGAAUAAUUUGUAUUCAACACAUUUUCCUAUACAUUUGUGUGCAAUUGUUUCCAACGUUGCCAAAAAGAAACAUUUAAAGUUGUAAUAAUGCCAGAAUGAAAAAAAAAAUUGUACGAUGAAAAAAGUGUACAUUAUCAUUAUCAUUCAAUUAAUGUAGAAACAUCAAUCAUAUAGAUGGCGACAUUUAUAUUUGUAGACGAUAAAAUUAAUUAGAAUAAGAAAUUCGACUGAAAAUACAUAAUCUCAAAAAUGUUUAUAAAUCAAAACACAUUGUAACACCUUACAAAUAGAGAAAAAAUAAAAUCGUCGUGUUUGUUGUUUUUUUUUAUUUCAA